AUGGCGGCGGGAACGCUUCUGGUGCGGUUCCCGGCCGCUCACAGCAGCCCCUUGGUGCCGACCAUCAGCGUCACACCACAUUCUCCGAGUGGCAAACAGUAUCCGGUAUUAGAAGAGGCGCUUAUAGACUUGCAGACAAUAAAUGCGGCCGUCAAACAGAUGAAAAUCUCACAAAAUCAAACUGUUUUACAAAGUCCUCCUAGUUUGGAAUUGUCAGCUCGCUUGAGCGCCUCUUGCCCUUCAUUACCGGAUUUAGUUAAUUGUACUGGUGCAACUUGCACUGGUAGCGCAGGCGCUGGUUUCUGGGGAAGCACUUCUACCUUGGGCACUGGCGGACCACCUGGACAAGAACGACGCUCAUCAUGGACUGCUCUAGAAGACCUUAGGGUCGAUAAAGCCAAAACACAUCGCAGCAUAAGUUUAAGUAGUUUGGACUCUGAGCCUGAUUCUUCUAUGACUGAUACACAAACGGGACCUGCAUCAAAUGUAAGAGCAAUUGCGCAUCAUAGAAGUCGAGAUCCACGUUCCGCUGGCGGUAUUUCAACACAUUCUUUGAACGAGGCUGAUCUACAGAGUGAUUUUAAUAAAAUAAUAGUAUUACGAGAAGCGCAAUCAAGGCUAGCUCCAGUACGUCUACCUUUACAAAAAUCAGUUUCUACACCCAGCAUUGCACCUUGGACUGAAAAUAAUGUUGAAACGCAAAUGCUUCCAGUUUCCUCAGGAACAAUGUCAACGGGGCGUACUGGUACGGAAAGUGAAACUGAAGAAGAUUCAGUACAAGAUAGUAGGAGGCAUACACAACCUGCGGCUGCUGACCUGCACCGAUUGCUUGCACAAUCGUAUGACCAGCAUUCGGAGAAACGCCGCAAACGUGGUAGUUUAUUCUUUAGGAAGAAAAAAGACAAGGAUAAAGAAAAAGAGCAACGUGUAUUGGAACGUGUACAUCAUGUUUGGGGUUCUACUAUCACUCAAGGUUGUUGUGAUUGGUGCUCGAAGCAACUUGGCACCAAGCCGCAAGUCACGUGUGAAAAUUGCGGAAUAACUGUGCAUUACAGUUCAUGCAAGGAUCAUCUUUCCGAUUGCAAAGGCAAAAUGUCUAAGCUUUCUCUCAAAUCUUCCACAAUCGGCGCAUCUAUUCAAGCUCGCAGACAAAGCUCGGGAAAGCGCGGAUCUUUCACGCAAGCUCCACCAAAUAGCGGGCAUGAUGGGGUCGAUAUCACUUCACACGCUAGCCAUGAUGGAGUAAAUUUUUCGGAUGAUGCGCCACUUGUGCGAUUUGAAUUUUUGGAAGAAGCUCCAAUAGGUGCUCGAGAACUUUGUUCUGACCCUUUGCUGGCCCUAUGCGCUGAUGAACCCGAUUCUUGGACUCCUACUACAGCCCGCGAAUUGUUGAAACAAUUGAAAGAUAAACAAAUAAAACGUCAAGAACACAUAUAUGAAUUUAUACUUACCGAAAAGCAUCAUUGUUUGACGUUAACAGUAAUGCAAAAGGUCUUUGUUGAAGGUCUUCAAAAGCAUUUUCAGCUAGGGGCAAAUCUAGAUCGAAUGUUUCCGAGGUUACAGGAUCUAACUGAUUUGCAUCUAGGUUUUAUGCGUAGAUUACGCACUAAACAACAGGAAGGACCUGUCGUAGAUUCAUUGGCUGACAUUUUAUUAGAUAUGUUUUCUGGACUACAAGCCCAAAGACUAAAGGACGCUUACGGUGAAUUCUGUUCCCGACAUAGAGAUGCUUUAGAAACGUAUAAGUAUUAUAUGUCCGCUGAUCCAAGAUUUGUGGAAUUCAUAAGGCAUUGUCAAAUAACACCGCAAUUGAAAAAGAAAGGUGUUCCUGAGUGCAUACUUUUUGUCACUCAACGAUUAACCAAAUAUCCAUUGCUAAUUGAACCUUUAAUUAAAAGUUCAAGAGAUAAUCCGCAAGAACAGGAAAAACUAAGAAAUGCUUUGGCUCUUGUAAAGGAAAUCUUAACGGAAGUGGACGCUCGGGUAGCUUUAAAGGAAAAAGAAGAUCGUAAGUUAGAAAUUUACAAUAGGAUAGAUGCGAAAUCGUACACUGUCCAUCGUGGCAUCAAAUUUAAGAAGAGUGAUAUUCUUGCGGCAAAUCGACUUUUGCGUUUCGAAGGUCUCGCCAUGCUUAUGCAAGGACGAGGCAAAAUGCAACUAGUAAUGGUGAUAGUACUCAGUGAUUGCUUAUUUUUCUUACAAGAAAGUUCUCAUAAGUAUAACUUCUUCACGCCAGAUAAUAAGGCUGGGGUUGUGUCUUUACAAAAGUUAUUGGUUAGAGAAAAAGCAGGUCAGGAUACUAGAGGAAUUUAUUUAAUUUCUUCAAACCCUUUGGACCCCGAAAUGUUUGAGUUGAAGGUACAUCAGCCAAAAGAUAAGACUGCCUGGAUACAAGCCAUAAGAAAUGCUGUUCAAGAAUGUCCUCAACCAGAAGAGGAAGGAUUUACUUUGAGUGCUGAAGAGCAACAAAGGUUACUUGAAGCGAAGCAAACACAGCUUCGUAAUAUUGUCUGGGCUCUGAGACAAAAAGAUGUUGAACAUGCCUUAUUGCUUGAAGAGAAGAUGGGAUUGCAAUUAAAACUUCUAGCAGCAGCUGGAUUACAAGGUGUACCCGAUCCACCACAAUACAGACAGCUUGUAACAGAUGCAGCAGAUACUGGUCUCAUCUGGCGAGAAGUACUUGGUGCUGUACAAGAAGUUAGUUUACUUGCCAAUUCAUUGUAUGCUGCUGGCAGCAGCUUGUCCAGGUCAGUGUCUUCGGCUGGUGAAAGGCAAAGUAAUGCUUAUGAGUCGCCGACACUUCCGAAGCGUGCAGAAACAUUUGGUGGAUUUGACAAUCCAAAUCUCAGAGGAUUGAUUAAAAAAUUUCCACAAAAAGAAAAUAGCUCUGAGAACGUUGAUGGGCGCAUAUCUCACAAGCUACCUUUAGAUCGUCUUCCGUGGAAAAGCGCCGUUUUGUCAACUGUUCCUAUUGGAGUUCUUGAAAAUCAUGACAAUAUUGUGAAUAAUUCUCAAGAAACAUCAGAUCAAAAUUCUACUUUUUCUGUGAAAGAUAUUAAUCCAAAUGAUUCUCCUGCUUUAUUAUCAUUAGGAAGGGAACAACAGAAAGCUGCAGUUCAGCUAUCUCACUAUGUUUAUAUGUUGCUAUGUAUAAUAUCACAACAAAUGACAAGCAUUAAUAGUUUGCAAGCCCAAAUUUCCGCAUAUCAGGGCACUGGUGCCCAACCGGGCAACGCUAAAUAUAAGCAUAAUGACCAAUUAGAGGAACUCAGAAAUUUACAGGAUAAGUUGACAGUAGAAAAAGAGGCGUGGAAUAGAGAGCGAAUAAUGCAGGAAGCUGAACUCAAACAAACGAAACAGGAAAUAUUAGCAUUGCAGGAACAUGUCAAAGCUGAACAAGAAGAUGUGCGACAGCAACGUGAACAACUAUACCGCAAAAUGGAAGUAUUGUCUAAUCAGGGUCUUUUAAUAAGCAUCAGUGGCAAUUCCAGCCAAUCACCAGAAAGUGGUCAAAGUGGAAAAAUAAAAGUGGACAAAGUGGAAGUGGAAAAGCCCCAUGAAGCCAGUUUACCUUUGCAAUUAAUCAGCGCAACAAAUCAACCUAAAGUACAACAGCAGUCCAUCAAACAGCAAAUACCGCUUAAGUUAUCACAUCUUUCCAAUAGUAAGUCCAGCGCAUCAUCAACAUCAUCUCAUGCGAUUCCCACGGGUGUUCAUACCAGAACCGGAAGCAGCCCGGCUAUGAUGCAGGCCACACCUUCAUCUGAAAAUAAUUCUGGUGCCAAUUCACCAAUUAGCACUCAAAAUGCAGGAAGUAAACCUGGAAGAACAAACACUUAUCCAAAGAUACCAGAAAAAUUCAGAACGCGCGGUCGCAAUCAUCUGGAGCUCCUGAAGAAGAAGUUAUGUUUUUCUGAGGGUCUCUGA